GCGGGGCCGACCGCCGAGAGCCUAGCGGCCGCAGUCUAAGCACAGCGCAGGGGAGCGAGGGUGUCUCAAGGCUCCUCGGACCCGCACGAGGCAGCCAGAGGCGGGCCCGUUACCGGCCGGCUUCUCGCACAGAGCCGGCGGCCGGGAAGGGAGCGCGCCCGAGCACCAUGAUCCCUCUGGAGAAGCCGGGCAACGGCGGCUCCUCCCCGGCCACCGCCGCUGGCUCGGGCCCGGCCGGCCGGGGUCCGAACACGCCGCGCCGGCCGCCGCCGCCCCAGGCCCGCGGGCUGCUGACGGAGAUCCGCGCCGCCGUGCGCACCGAGCCCUUCCAGGACGGCUACAGCCUGUGCCCGGGCCGGGAGCUGGGCAGGGGGAAAUUUGCAGUGGUGAGGAAAUGUAUAAAGAAAGAUUCUGGGAAAGAAUUUGCAGCAAAGUUCAUGAGAAAAAGAAGAAAAGGCCAAGACUGUCGGAUGGAAAUAAUUCAUGAGAUUGCUGUACUCGAACUAGCACAGGACAAUCCUUGGGUCAUUAAUUUACAUGAAGUUUAUGAGACUUCGUCAGAAAUGAUCCUAGUUCUGGAAUAUGCUGCUGGGGGUGAAAUCUUUGACCAGUGCGUUGCAGACAGAGACGAAGCCUUUACAGAAAAAGAUGUUCAAAGACUCAUGCGACAGAUUCUAGAAGGUGUUCACUUUUUACAUACUCAUGAUGUAGUUCAUCUUGAUUUGAAGCCUCAGAAUAUCCUGCUGACAAGUGAAUCUCCAUUGGGUGACAUUAAGAUCGUUGAUUUUGGCCUUUCAAGAAUAAUGAAGAACAGUGAAGAGCUCCGAGAAAUUAUGGGUACUCCUGAAUAUGUGGCUCCUGAAAUUCUUAGUUAUGAUCCUAUCAGCAUGGCAACGGAUAUGUGGAGCAUUGGCGUGUUAACAUAUGUCAUGCUUACAGGAAUAUCGCCUUUCUUAGGCAAUAAUAAACAAGAAACAUUCUUGAACAUCUCACAGAUGAAUUUGAGUUACUCUGAGGAAGAAUUUGAUGUUGUAUCUGAGUCAGCUGUUGACUUCAUUAAGACACUUUUAAUUAAGAAACCAGAAGACCGAGCCACUGCUGAAGAAUGUCUAAGACAUCCCUGGUUGACACAGAGCAGUGUUCAAGAUCCUUCUUUCAAGGUGAAAGAGGCAUUAGAAGAACCAAAUGCCCUUCAAGAAGGUGAUUCUGUGCCUGAAAUUAAUUCUGACAAACCAGAAACUGAGGACUCAAUUGUAACAGAGGAGUUAAUUGUAGUUACUUCAUAUACUUUAGGACAAUGCAGACAGUCUGAAAAAGAGAAAAUGGAGCAAAAGGCCAUCUCCAAACGAUUUAAAUUUGAGGAACCUUUGCUACAAGAAAUUCCAGGAGAAUUUAUCUACUGAGCAGUAUUUCCCUUUAGAACUUUUAAGAUUUCUACAUUGAAUUGAAAAUGCUAAUAUUAUUUAUGGACCACUGGCCAAAUGGUACAUGUACUGAAAGUGGAUAACCAGGUGUCACUUACACAAACAAAAACAACUUUGUCAAACUUGUGGAGUUAGAUGAAUCAAGCCAGAUUUAUAAAGUUGCCAACCAGGAGAUUAAACAGGUACAGUUAUAUGUUUCAAUGUUAUUUUGAAGAAGGGAAAUGUUUGCACAUUUUAAUCCUACAUCCUGUUUCUCCAGAAUAAGAAUUUGUGUGCAAAGACAUUAUUUAUAUUCACUUUCUUUAAAAAAUCCAAGUAAAAGUGCCAAAACUACAUCUCUGUAAA